AUGGCAUUAGGAGACAUCUCUUCCAAUUCCACCUUCUGUUCACAGGCUCACAGCCCACGAAUAUUCCCUUCACUGAGAACUACUUUGCUUUAUCCAACGUCAUUACUUCGUGGCAUGAAAUUGGCUCUUUCUUCGAAUCAAGAAGAUUUAAUUGAAUCUGGUAUAUAUGCACAUAAAAAUAUCUAUAAUGUCGCUCUCAAACGAGAAGGAAAAGAAUAA